AUGAUUGAGUGCCUGAACUGUCCAGAUGACAAGUACACUGCAGAGAGAGAUCACUGCUUCCAGAGAGCUGUGACCUAUCUGGCUUAUGAAGACCCCUUGGGGAUGGCUCUGGCCUGCACAGCCUUAUUCUUAACUGCACUCACAGUUGUUAUACUUGGAGUUUUUGUGAAACACCUAGACACUACCAUUGUGAAGGCCAAUAAUCAGACUCCCAGCUACAUCCUGCUCCUCUCCCUCACCUUCUGUUUUCUCUGCUCCUUGCUCUUCAUUGGCCAUUCCAACACCGUCACCUGCAUCCUGCAGCAGACCACAUUUGGACUUGCAUUCACCGUGGCUGUUUCCACUGUCUUGGCCAAAACUAUUACUGUGGUUCUGGCCUUCAAGUUCACUGCUCCAGGAAGAAGGCUGAGGGGCUUGUUGGUGUCAGGGACACCUAGCUACAUCAUUCCCAUCUGCACCCUGAUCCAGCUUAUUCUCUGUGGAGCCUGGAUGGGAACUUCUCCUCCCUUUAUUGUCAUUGAUCCACAAUCUGAGCGAGAACACAUCACCAUUGUGUGUAACAAAGGCUCAGUCACUGUCUUCUACUGUGUCCUGGGAUACCUGGGCUCCCUGGCCUUGGGAACCUUCUCUGUGGCUUUCAUGGCCAGAAACCUGCCUGACACAUUCAGCGAAGCCGAGUUCCUGACCUUCAGCAUGCUGGUGUUCUGCAGUGUCUGGGUCACCUUCCUCCCUGUCUACCACAGCACCAAGGGGAAGGUCAUGGUGGCUGUGGAGGUCUUCUCCAUCUUGGCCUCCAGCCUCCUCAUUUGCAUCUUUGCCCCCAAAUGUUUCAUCAUUUUAUUAAGGUCAGAGAGAAAUUCUCUUCAAAAAUUCAGGGAGAAAUCAUCUUCAUGA